AUGUCUUUGAAGCUUAAGUACAGCAGCCUUCAGACAGGUUCAUAUUCUAUUAUUCAUAAUGGCGAUGAGUAUCCGAUAGACCCAAUCUUGUUCCUUAAAUACUCACGUAGAUUUGGAACAUUAUUUAAUUUCGCAGAAAAUCAUGUAGCAGUCAAUGAUGACUACGACAAGCAUACAUUCGAGCUAUUUGUCAAAGCAUGUCAAUGCCAGCCAUUCGAAAUCUCAGGAAAUGAUUGCAUUAAUUUACUUCUUCUUGCAGAAUACUGGGAAUCGGCUACACUUGUCAAGAAAAUCGAAAAAAUCAUCAAAGACACAAUUCCUGCAAAAGAUAUCCUCGAAAUGUACAUAAAAUUCCAAGGAACAGAGUUUCCAAUUGAGCGUUUAGAAAAAAUCAUGAUUGCAUGCCUUCCAGAAUACAUUGUUGAGCCAUUAUUCCCAACAUUACCCUUUGAAGUCAUAGAUCGCGUUGUUCAUGAGUCAAAAGCCCAAAUUUCGCCAACGCAGAUAGUGAAACUAUGUUUGGCUGUUGCCGAAGUUCACGGAUUGAAGUCAGUCCACGUAUUUUCUCAUACAUGUUUCGAUGAUAUUCCAUCAGAUGAACUCAUGGACGUUUCCGAGAUAUUCAGAAAUUGCGAGGACAAGCAGUUAUCGCAGUUUUUCCAGGCCAUGGGACGUCUUCUUUACCAAGUUUCAAAUGGAGCUGAAUCCGCCACUCAAUUCGAAGUUUCAUGGCGUUCAGGAGAGACAGGAACAUGGAACCAAGCAUUCGACUUCUACAACUAUGUCACAGAAUACAAAAAGAAACAUGUUACAGCAGAUACCCCUAAUGCUGCGGCCAAAAAGCAAGGAGAGUCUACUACAUCAACAGCUUUCCUCAAGAUUGCUGCCGAUAAGGGUAACUACACCGCUCAAUACCAAUAUAGUAAAUAUUUAUUCAGAAAAGCAGCAACAAGUGACGAACGCCAAGUCGCUUUGAACUAUAUGAUCCAAGCUGCCGCUGAAAGUAACUCAGAAGCUAUCACAGCCCUCAAAACGAUGUAUCCAAUCAGCGAAGUUGCUUCUAACAUGAAAAUCUACGUUUAUUCAACAAUGACUCUUCAAAACUUACUUCUUAACCUCAAUCCGAGAAACUUUGAUAACGUCAAGACCGCAAUUUUCGCUUUAUUAUUCGGAACAGAGAGAAACGGCAUCACAGCGCUUACAUCUAACAUUCUUCGUGCUGUAGUUGUUCGCCAGCGUCUUAUUCCUCUCUACGCCGACCUCGUCAAGUACUUAAUUUCAGUUGCAUCCGAAACAAAUAACUACGCUUUACUUAAAGGCUCAAUUUACACCAAGGUCAUGGAGACCUUGCUUACAGACAGUCCGCGCGUCAAACAAUUUGCCCUCAUGCGCUUCCUUUAUCUCUGUUCUCGUAAGGAAAUCUACAAAGACGACGAAUUGGCCGAAAGUAUCUCACAAUUCAUGCACGAGCAGAAGCACCUCACGCAGUCCAACCUCAUCAUCUUCUACUACUUCGCUCCUUUACUUGAAAGAUUCGAGCGAGAUCUCUACAAGCAGAUGUAUUUGACAAGGUUCGACGGUGGAAUGGGCUGCCUCGACAAGAUGAUCGCUGAUUUCAAGGACAACAUUGUUAUGUUAAGACUUAAUGAUUGGGCCAACUUCUAUACUACUCGUGAAGAUGCUUUGUAUGCAACAGAAUUGGGCUACGCCAUUGCUCAUGAUGAUCUCGGUAAGUUCCAGCAGCUAACCUCUAAAGAAGACUUCAAUUUGACCCAAAAAAUUAUGAACGACGCUUACGAUUUAGAGGGAAGUGAAAAAGUGACGGUUUUACAAUACUCAUGUUUACAAGGCUCACAGAUUAUUUUCACAUAUUUAUUACAGAGAGGUCUAGUUAAGACCAGCGGUAUGGAUAAUACAACAAUUACAUGCGCUGUUAUUGGCGGAAAAGAUUUCAUAGAGAAUUUCAUUGUAAACCAGAUGAAGAACAAGAAUGACUUAUUUAGAAUAGCUGCUAGAUACCAGAACGUUGAGGUUCUAUCAAGAUUCUUCAAGUCUGGCUUUGAUUUCUCAUCUGUCGACGAAAUCGGCCGAACAGCUUUACACCACGCAACACAAAUGGGUUUGCCUGAUGUUGUUAAGAUCCUCCUUUCACUUGACGGAAUGGAUUUGAACAGAAAAGAUAAAGAUGGACUCACUGCUUUACACAUCGCGGCUAAGAACAACGAUUUGGAUAUUGUUAAGAUCCUCUCUGUUUGCAGAGGAAUUGCUUUAGACUGCCGCACUAAUAACAAUGAAUUACCUUUCGAUCUCGCGGAAUCUCCUGAUGUUAAGGCUAUAUUGAAGAAGAAAUAA